UUAUCACUUUAUUUUUUUUUGUGUUUAUCUUUACCUAGGUUAAUUUUAUGGUGCAAUUUUAAUCCAUUUUAAUGCAUAUGUGAAUAAAUAAUCGUGUAUACAUUAUGACAAUAAGACACAUGUCCAGUUUUCCUAAACAGCACAAUUACAAACAGUAUCAAGCCAACUGUCUUCCAAUAUUCCUGGCGAACGACGAACUGAAGUUCCGCAGGAUAAAGUGCAAUGCGACUGUACUAUGCUAUUGCACCGGCAACAACACCAAUCUUCCCGAACCUAUGACUACGCAAUUAGUAGAGAACAAAUGCGACGGCGGAGAAUGGACCUGUUCACCACCUAAGGAGUGCUGCAAGCAGGGCUGCUGCUUCCUUUUCUCGCAGCCCUUCUCCAAAGGCACGACAUCUUCAUCGUUGAACCACGGCACCAUUUUCAAUCCUUUGUUCCUCGGUCAUUGGUACUUCUGGCUGGCCGUGACGGCCACGAUAGCGGGCAUCCUCUGCGCCUGCUCCCUUUGGAGGAAACACAGCCAAGGCAGGUUCUGCUGCAAGGAAUACGCGCGAAAUGAAGGGGCCUCCGAGCAGGAUUCCAUCACUUCCUGCUGCCCGCCGCCUCAGUACAGCCGGUGCAACAGCUUCCACCAGGCGCCGCCGCCUUAUUCAGAGGUGACCUCAAAGCCGGACCUGUAUCCUCUAGUUAUCAAUUACAAUACUGAACCAGUAUCAAAAGGGAAUAACGGUUCUACGGGGUACUUGAUGGUGCAGUACUUCAAGAACUUCAUCGUCAGGCCUGUAGGAAGUUUAUCCGCUACGAGCACACUAGAUUCAUUAAGUUCCAGUUUCCUAUGCAACGCUGUAAAUGAGGCGAAUUCGAUUAUCCCGCCUCCCUACUCCCACAUGGGCAGUCUGGAAGAGAUCCUGAGCGAAGGGCACGCCCAAAAUCUGGAUCAUUCGGCCAGAAGCUUGCCCAGAUCGACAUCAACGAACUCCGGCAGGGAUUACCAUCAGUUGCAGCAGAGCUCUUCUAGUCCUGCACCAAGCGUGCACUCUCAAGUUAGCACCGGUUGCUUGGGGACCAGCCAAUUGUCCAGAAAUCCUUCUCCAAGCAAACAGUCCAAUCCAGUCGUGUCCAUACGAGAUAAUCCUUGCUACGUCGGUAGCGCAACGAAUCAUCCUGAAGAUAGUACCGGUUCUGUCGUGCCAAAUGAAAGAGAACAAGCUAAAACAGGUAGAAUAGUGUCCAAAAGCCAACCAGUCUGUGAUGUCCAGCCCGUAGACCUGCUGACGAAGUCCAGCAAGUUCCAGCUGCGGAAGUUCAUGAAAGAGGAUUCGGGGAGUAUGGAGGACGAUCAGAAUUUCUCGGAUCUCCUGAAUUUGUCCGUUUGCUUGCCCAGCAGCGUUCCGAACUUGGAGCAACCAGUACAAACGGCGCCCGGGGACCUGCAGUACAGCGUUACCAAUAGCAUAGGUUCUGAUAUAAGCAGCCUGGCUAAUAUGGGUUCGCCGGGUUCCCCUCCUCGGGCCACCAGCCCGACGGUGGAGAUGCGCGAGCUGCUGGACAAGAUCCAGCAGCUCCCGCAGCAGAAGAGCCCGAUAUCGCCUCCGCAGCAACUGCAGCUGCAGCAGCACUGCGAGCAGAAACCAAUUUCCAGGACCUAUUUCCACAAGAUCAAAUCGAAAACGCUCUACAUGCCGCUUUGCGACGAAACGCCCACCAAGCAAAAGUCCAUCUCCAACGUUUUGUCCAAGGGCUGGCUCUCCAGGUCGGCCCCUUGUACUCCCUGUGGAAAUUUCGUGCCGAAUUUCCCGAUUAAUCAUCACAAGGGAAGCCAGCGCAACAGCAAAUCGAAGAUAACCGACGGCAGCCCCUUGCUUAAGGAGGAAGAAUCCGAAGAAGAAACCAACAAUCGAGCCAGGAGAUCCUAAUUUAAUGCUUUCUGAGGCCUAGGUGGAUUAACGAAGUUCAGUUUAUGUGGUAUAAAGAAUUCGAAGUAAAUAUAUUUAGAGAGAAACGUCCCAGCAUCAUAAGGUCCACAAUCGCUUGAUUAUGUUCUGAAACGAGAAGGAUGGAUAUAAUUUAUUUCGUUUCCUUUUUCAACUAAUAUGCAAAUUUAAGUUGUAAAGUGAGAAGGACGGAGAUAGUUAAUUUCGUUUCUU